AUGGCUUCUCAGUGGAUCCUCGCAAACCAAGACGGCUUUGAAAACGCACUUGAGUUCCAGCAAAACAUCCCGAUUCCCACGGCUGCAGACCUUGGUCCAAAGGAGGUGCUCGUGGAGCUACGUGCUGCUAGCCUGAACUACCGGGAGCUGGUCAUUGCCGGACCUAUGGGCGUCAACGGCCCCAUCAAGCCUCCCGUCGUCCCUGGCUGCGACGGCGCGGGGAUCAUCAAGGCAGCCGGUUCCGAUGUGGUCAAAUUUCAAGUUGGCGAUCGAGUCGUCACCCACAACGAUGCCGACGUGAAUAGGGACGGUGACGAUAAGGUAUUUACGUUCGCCGAGGCUACCUCAGCCAUGGGCCAAGGCGCAGACGGCACUUUGCGAACGCACGGCGUUUUUCACCAGAACGCAGUGGUUCAUGCCCCUAAGACGUUGGAGUUUCUUGCUGCCUCAACGCUGACCACCACCUGGGUCACGGCGUGGAACGCAUACUUUGGCCUCGAAAGCCGCAAGCUCACACCCGAGUCGUGGGUUUUGAUCCAGGGAACAGGUGGUGUGAGCGUGGCGGCGGUACAGAUCGCCGUCGCGUUUGGCGCCAAUGUCGUGGCAACCACGUCAACGGAGGAGAGGGCAUCUCGACUGAAGGCCCUGGGCGCCGUCGCUGUGCUCAACUACCGCACCGAUGCCGACAUCUGGGGCCAAAAGGCCCGUGCGCUGACCCCGAACGGGCGAGGAUUCGACCACAUUCUGGAUGUCGGAGGCAACGAGACCUUGGCGCACUCGCUGAAAGCUGUGCGCGCGGAGGGUGUCAUAUCCCUGAUAGGCGCCGUUGGGGCAGCAUCCGCUGAGACGGUGCCCAUGGUCCUGGCGUUGCCUCACACGUGCAUCGUGCGAGGCUUCAUCGCCGGCACUCGCCGGCAGUUUCAAGAUCUCAACCGCUUCAUUGAUGAGAAGAAGAUCCAGCCGGCUGUCGAUGAUGUCGUAUUUGACCUGGCAGAUGCCAAGGAUGCCUACCGCCGGCUGAAGGAGAAGAAGCACUUUGCAAAGGUCCUCAUCAACAUCGAGCAAUCAGUGCCGUGA